GUGCUGCCAGGGAGGGUGUGGCGAUGGCAUGCACGGGGCUGGGAGCGCUGGGGAUUGCAGGCAUGGCGCAGAGCGCAAGGGCCGGCGCUAGGGGCACUGCUGCUAGGGGCCCAGUGUCCGCUUCAGGCGUGGAAGUGAGUGCCAGGGCCGGUGCUAGAGCUGGAGCUACGCGCGUCGCUUCUUCGGAGAUGCCUCUGGAGCCGUCUGCAGUCGAGGAGGAGAACAAACGGGCUGGUGCUUUGGGUGUAGGAGCGCCAACGGAUUCAUAUUCAGGUGGUGAGGUGAUUGUGAAGCAGCAGGGAGUGGAGGAAGAGAGGAAGGACUCUGUUGGGUUGAGUGAAAACUCCUUGGCAUGCGUGGGGGGCGACAGAGCGGCUGGUGCUAGGGGGUUAGCGCCAACGGAUGCAGGUGCUGCUGCUGCUGCUGCUGCUGCUGCUGCUGCGUCCGGUUCUGGGCGUGGUGCAACCGAGUCAAAUGCUGCUCAAACGCGCAUUGGAAGCUGUAGAGGGGAUGCCAGUAACGUGUAUGCAAUUGCUGCAGGUACGAACGUCACUACAGCUCUGGGUGUGCUUGGGGUUGUGAGAGCGGUGGAGAGCGGAGGAGCAACGCAUUUGCCUGCUGCGCCGACUGACGGGAGGCACAUGUGUGGCGUCUUACGGGGAGGCGAUUCCGAGGGGGGGCAGGCGUGUGGUGGGAAAGAAAGAUGGGAGGCAGUAGCAGCCGAAAUCGGAGCACCUGAAAUCGGAGCACCUGAAAUUGGGGCACCUGAAAUUGGGGCACCUGAAAUUGGAGCACCUGAAAUUGGAGCACCUGUGUCAGUAAGAGGGGAGUUGAUCGAUUGGGCAGAAACUCAGGAUGCCGGGGAAGUAGCACCCGAGGUUGUAGCACCUGAGGCAGUAAGAGCGGAGACAGAAGCAGUGGAGGUAGGAGCAGGAGAGGCAGGAGCAGCGGAAUCAAAAGCAGCAGAGUCAAACGCUGGAGAGACAGGAGCAGUGGAGACAGGAGAAGCAGGGGCAGGGGCAGCGAAGACAGACGCAGGAGAGGCAGAAGCAGGAGAGGCAGAAGCAGGAGAGGCAGAAGCAGGAGAGGCAGAAGCAGGAGAGGCAGAAGCAGGAGAGACAGAAGCAGGAGAGGAAGAAGCAGGAGAGACAGAAGCAGGAGAGGUAGAAGCAGGAGAGGCAGAAGCAGGAGAGGCAGAAGCAGGAGAGGCAGAAGCAGGAGAGGCAGCAGCAGGAGAGGCAGCAGCAGGAGAGGCAGAAGCAGGAGAGGCAGCAGCAGGAGAGGCAGCAGCAGGAGAGGCAGGAGCAGGAGAGGCAGGAGCAGCGGGGGGAAAAGCAGUGGAGACAAGAGCAGAAGGGACAAGAGCAGCAGAGACAGUAGUGGAGGAAAGAGGCACACCAACGCAGGCAAGCAGGGCACCGCCUAAGCUGGCCAAGGAGCUCAACUCUCUACUGGAUGUUGCCUGCAAGACAGCGGAGCAGGCAGUUGCGGCUUGGGAAGUGGGGAGAGAAAUUCACGAAGCAAAGGGAGCUGCACAAGGGGGCGAGCGAGCGGCGCAAGGGCGUGGCACACCGACGCAGACAAGCAGGGCACUGCCUAAGCUUGCCAAGGAGCUCAACUCUCUACUGGACGAUGCCUGCAAGACAGCCGAGCAGGCAGUUGCGGUGUCCUCUCGGCAUGCUCAAAGGGCUGCCCCAAGGCGUACCAUCGGGAGUGCACUGGGCUGCCCGAAAGAGUUUUCGAGUCAUCUGCCCCGUGGACUUGCAUUUGGCAUUCUUGUUCCCGUGCCUGCCGGCGCUCUUCCGUCUUCCUCUGCCUCCUCUGCCCCACCUCCCUCUGCUGGCGCUGCCUUCGCUCCCUCCGCCCCUACAUCUGGCUGGACCCCGCCUCAUCUGCCCGAGUGGAAAAAAUCUGGACCUCGCAUUUUUUCCGGGCAGCUCAGUUUGCUGCCCGACUCGCUUCAGGCAGGGUUUUGGAUGCGGAAAAAGGGAAGGGGAGGAGGAGGAGAGGGAGGGAAAAAGGUCUUGGGACUAUGCGGCGCAUGCUAUGUCAAGAUGGCCAUGAUUCAACACGGCUUCGAGACAACCCCGACGGGAGCUAUUCUCAACAUGGAUGAUGUUGACUCUCCUGCUUGGUACUUCAAGGACUAUCACUCGGUGAUGCGCGAUCACGGUAGACUGGUGAUCGAUGUGGGGGAGGCUCCAGAUGACUGGGGGUCUUUGAAGGAUUUGUGGGAGGAAGAAGGGGAGGAAGAGGUAGAAGAGGAGGAUUAUGAGGACGAGGGAGAAGGAGGAGAAGGGGAGGAGGAGGAGGAGGAAGAUGUGGAAGGUGAGAGCCAAGUGGAGUUCAGGGAAGUGAGUGAGAGUGCGAGUGAGGGGGAAGAUAUUCCGAUCUCUAGAAAGUAUAACGUGGUAUCAGGGCUGCAUCGGACUGGCCUGGAAGCUCAAAAGACGCCUUGUUGCAACCUCGUGCGGCACUCUUUGCGCGAUGAGACAGGGAAGUUUGCGAGCCAGCUGGGUUUUGAGUCAACUCAAGGUGAGAGAGGGAAGCUUGCGAGCCCUUCUGGCGAUGGUGAAGUGGGGAGGCUCUCGGACAUUGAUAGAGGAGGCAGGCGGGGAGGAGCAGAGAGAGGAGGAGGAGGAGAGGAGGAGGAAGAAGAGGAGGAGGAGGUAGGGGAGGGAGAGGGGGCGGAGAAGGAGGUUGGGUGUGGAGAACAAAGAAGUGAUGGUGCUACGGAUGGUGAUGGGCAUGGGCAUGGGCAUGGGCAUGGUCAUGGGCAUGUGCAUGGGCAUGGGCAUGGGCAUGGGCAUGGGCAUGGGCAUGGGCAUGUGCAUGGGCAUGUGCAUGGGCAUGUGCAUGUGCAUGCUCAUGGUGCUGAUGAUGGUGAUGAGGAAAACGACGAUGGGGCAGCAGUGGAGGGGGUCCCAUACGCGGCCAUCAACGACCGCAACCUCUCCCAGAUCUACCUCAGGCGAAGGCACCUGGAAGUUGCAGAGAGGCUGGGGGUCGAGAGGGCGGCGGAGCAGGGGGGCAGCUUGGAGAAGAGUGCAGAGGCUCUGAGGGGGAUGCUGGUGGGGGGGCUUGCGAGGCUGCGGUGUCCGGACGUGUUUGGACUGGUCAACGUGUCUGGAUAUAAGCUGGUGCUCGUUACAAACAUUGAGUAUUUCACCUCAGCGGCCCACGCCAGUUCUGACUUCGGUCCUCCGGGUUUCAACAUAGCCCAGCAGCAGCACAUGCUUGUGGUGACAGUCUUGGAUGGGCGAAAAAACCGCCUGGAGAGGUGCCGUGUGGCCGAGUUCUCAGACGGGGUGUUCAGAGGUCCAGAGGUGGAGGAGGUGCGGGAGCUGGUGAGGCGGGGGUCUCUUCCCCCCUUCUAUAUGGACAAGCUGGAGGAGCAUGUGCACCAGCUGAGGCGAAUCUUCUUCGAGACGGAGUACCAGCAAACCCUUGAGCGAGUUCAGCAGCUGAAGAACGCCAAAAAAUAUCCCCUCAUGCGCCCCUCGUGCAAUUUCCUGGCACUCAUCACACUCCUUUCAUACUAUCAUCACGCGUUCACUCGCUCCCCUCUCGCUUUUGACAUUUUUUCUCUGUCCUUCCGUCGCAUUUUGCUCGCCUACCAGUCCGCUGGUUUAUUUUUUCACUGAGAUCUAGUCCCUUUGUCCUUCCAUCUCU